GAUUCAAAAAUAUAUCAAAAGUUCAAUUGACUGCGGAGAACAACAUAGCUGUGUUGAUGAGUUUAAAUGAACUUGUGAUGAAUUCAACUGAUAAUGAUCAAUCCAUUGAUAAUAUCAUAAUAGUAUCAAAUGUACUGAACCAAACUGCAAUAUUGAUAUCAGAUCAUGCUACUCUAUCACCUUCUAACUUAACAGUGAUAACUGAGACUGUUAUACAAACAUUGGACAUUAUAGAGGAAUGGCCAGCAAUUAUGAAAGCAGAAGGAAACCAGAUCAUUCAGUCAUUUGAGGGAAUAGUGGAUGCUGUUUUGAAUUACGACAAUGACACUAAUAUAGACAUAGUUGAAAGAAACAUUGCUUUUAAAAUAAGAAAGGUUACAAGGUCAAGUUAUAAUAAACUAACAUUCACAGCAACAGCUUCAAAUGGUUCACUGAUGAUAGAUACUGAUGGUAACUCUACUAAUACUAUAAUAGGAUCAAUUACAAUACCAAAGAGCAUUCUCAAUGUCACUACUGAUGCUCAGAUAAAAGUAGCAUUUUCUCUAUAUGAGGAAACAGCAUUCUUUCCUAUCAGAGAUCCUCCUCCUAAUACAAUAGUGGGAUCAUCAGUCAUUAGUGCUAGAAUUGCUGGAGUGUCUGAUGGUACUCAACUACCUGAUCCAGUAGUAAUCACUCUUGCACUAAAGACAAAUAACUUUAGUAAUCCUUUUUGCGUCUAUUGGGACUUUAAAGCUGCUGAAGGUGGAGGUAACUGGUCAACUGAUGGGUGUACUGUUGAAGCUGCUAACAGUUCAGUAACAUGUCACUGCAAUCAUUUGACCAACUUUGCUAUACUAGUAGAUAUAUCAAGGAGGACAGAAGGUCCCACUCAGUCUCCACGUCAUAUUGCUGUAGCACUUGACAUGGUCUCUUAUUUUGGAGUUGGUAUAUCAUUAGUGGGUCUGAUACUAACCAUAAUCACACUUGUCAUAUUCAAAAAAAUAAGAACUAAAGAUGCCAGCAAGUUUCACAUCCAACUCUGUGUCUCAUUGUCACUAAUGCUCCUAGUGUUUGUCAGUGGUAUCAGUGAAGUCUCUCCUAAGGAAGGUUGCAUUACUGUUGGUGUUCUCAUACAUUACUUUGCUCUUGUUGCUUGGAUGUGGAUGGGAGCUGAAGCUUUACUGAUGUUUCAGAAACUUGUCAUUGUUUUUGUCAAUGUCUCUUGGUAUUACCACCUAGCUGUAUCCAUAGUCUGUUGGGGUUUACCCCUGAUACCAGUCACCAUAUUGCUGGUAGUUGAUUACAAUUAUUAUUUAACACUUGAUGAAAAUGAUUCAGGAUAGUAAGUGAUAUACACAAG